UGUGGGAGGGCGGUCCGUGGUGAUGAGCCUGCUAGCAGCCCUCGAGCAGGAGGCUAACUGUGUGGAGCUAGCGUGCUACCAAACUGUGCAGUUUAUUUUCGGGACAGCACGAUGAAGAACAUCAUGAAGUAUUAUAGACUUAUUCCACUACAGCAUAUUGACAACAUCACCGGGAGCUAGGGGAGUCUUUUCUUCACUAUAGCGGGUCUGUCCCGACCCUCCAGUAUCAAUGUUUGGAUGGACUAGAGCUAGCACCGCUGCCUGAGACUUCCCGAGCAGGCACGAAUGGGAUUUACUCAGCUAGCCGCUGCUAAUGAUUGUGCUGACUGACUAGCUUCGAGGCUAACCGGUUGGCGUUAGCUAUCUGACACAGUUGGUUGACAUCCCUCAUCUGAUAAUUACCAGGCUCUGAAAAGAGCGGAUUUGCUGGCACAACCAUGCCUCCCAGGCCCUCCUCAGGAGAACUAUGGGGGAUGCACUUGAUGCCCCCCAGCAUCCUAGUGGACUGCCUUUUGCCAAAUGGCAUGAUUCUCACAUUGGAGUGCCUCAGGGAGGCCACACUGAUCACAGUCAAGCAUGACCUUUUCAAAGAGGCCAGGAAGUACCCUCUUUACCAUCUGCUGCAGGAGGAGAGCUCCUACAUCUUUGUCAGUGUCACCCAGGAGGCAGAGCGGGAGGAGUUUUACGAUGAGACCAGGAGGUUGUGCGAUCUUAGGCUCUUCCAACCCUUCCUCAAAGUCAUUGAGCCAGUAGGCAACAGAGAGGAGAAAAUUCUCAACAGAGAGAUAGGUUUUGCUAUUGGAAUGCCUAUAUGUGAGUUUGAUUUGGUGAAAGACCCAGAAGUGCAGGACUUCAGAAGGAACAUUUUAAAUGUUUGCAAAGAGGCAGUGGACCUCAGAGACAGUAACGGACCCCAUAGUAGAGCUUUGUACGUAUAUCCUCCCAAUGUAGAAUCCUCUGCAGAACUUCCCAGGCACAUCUAUAACAAGCUAGAUAAAGGUCAAAUCAUUGUUGUCAUAUGGGUCAUUGUGUCACCCAGCAAUGACAAGCAGAAGUAUACCCUGAAGAUCAACCAUGACUAUGUGCCAGAGCAGGUGAUUGCCGAAGCCAUCCGUAAGAAGACGCGUAGCAUGCUGCUCUCCCAGGAGCAGUUAAAGAUGUGUGUGCAGGAAUAUCAGGGAAAGUACAUCCUCAAAGUAUGCGGCUGUGACGAGUACUUACUGGAGAAAUACCCUCUGAGCCAGUACAAGUACGUGCGCAGCUGUAUCAUGUUGGGACGGAUGCCCAACUUGAUGCUAAUGGCAAAAGACAGCCUGUAUUCCCAGCUGCCCAUAGACAACUUCACCAUGCCGUCAUAUGCAAGGCGAAUAUCCACAGCAACGCCCUACAUGAAUGGGGAAACAGCCACCAAGUCUCUAUGGACUAUCAAUGGAACACUGAGGAUCAGGAUACUGUGCGCUACUUACGUCAAUGUCAACAUCAGGGACAUUGACAAGAUCUAUGUCAGGACUGGGAUAUACCAUGGUGGAGAGCAGUUGUGUGACAAUGUCAACACCCAGCGUGUGCCCUGUUCAAACCCCAGGUGGAAUGAGUGGCUGAACUACGACAUGUACAUUCCAGAUAUCCCCCGUGCUGCCCGUCUCUGCCUCUCCAUCUGUUCUGUGAAAGGGAGGAAGGGCGCCAAAGAGGAGCACUGUCCCCUCGCCUGGGGCAACAUCAACCUGUUUGACUACACCCACACACUAGUAGCAGGGAAGAUGGCUCUCAACUUAUGGCCUGUCCCACAUGGCCUGGAAGACCUGCUCAAUCCUAUCGGUGUAACCGGUUCCAACCCCAACAAGGAAACCCCAUGUCUGGAGCUGGAGUUUGAUCAUUUCAGUUGCCCUGUCAAGUACCCUGAUAUGACCAUCAUUGAAGACCAUGCAAACUGGAAUAUAUCCAGAGAGCUCGGCUUUAAUUACUGCCACACCGGUUUGAGUAACAGACUGGCGCGUGACAACCCCCUGACUGACACUGACAAUGAGCAGCUACGCCAGGUUUGUAACAGAGACCCGCUGUCUGAAAUCACUGAGCAGGAGAAAGACUUCGUAUGGAGGCACAGACAAGCCUGUGUUAAUAUGCCAGAGAUCCUUCCCAAGAUCCUCUUGGCUGUGAAAUGGAACUCCAGAGAUGAGAUUGCACAGAUGUAUUGCCUUCUGAAGGACUGGCCUGCUAUCAAGCCAGAACAAGCCAUGGAGUUGCUGGACUGCAACUUCCCCGAUCCCAUGAUCAGAGAGUUUGCUGUAAAGUGCCUUGAGAAAUACCUAACAGAUGACAAACUCUCGCAGUAUCUCAUUCAACUGGUUCAGGUUCUAAAGUAUGAACAGUACCUUGAUAACCCACUUGCACGUUUCCUGCUGAAAAAAGCAUUAACCAAUCAGAGGAUAGGACAUUUCUUCUUCUGGCAUUUAAAGUCAGAGAUGCACAACAAGACAGUGAGCCAGCGUUUUGGGCUGCUGCUGGAGUCGUACUGCCGAGCAUGUGGCAUGUAUCUGAAGCACCUGAGCAGACAGGUGGAGGCCAUGGAGAAACUCAUCAAUCUCACCGACCUUCUCAAACAAGAGAAAAAAGAUGAGGCACAGAAGGUGCAAAUGAAGUUUCUAGUGGAGCAGAUGAGAAGGCCUGAUUACAUGGACGCCCUGCAGAGCUUCACCUCCCCACUGAAUCCAGCACAUCAGCUGGGAAACCUCCGCCUGGAGGAAUGCAGGAUGAUGUCAUCAGCCAAGCGACCUCUAUGGCUUAACUGGGAAAACCCAGAUAUGAUGUCAGAGCUGCUCUUUCAGAACAACGAAAUCAUCUUCAAAAAUGGAGAUGAUCUGAGGCAGGACAUGCUGACGCUGCAGAUCAUUAGGAUAAUGGAGAACAUCUGGCAGAACCAAGGCCUUGAUCUCAGGAUGCUGCCGUAUGGUUGUCUGUCAAUCGGUGACUGUGUGGGUUUGAUUGAAGUGGUGAGGAACUCUCACACCAUCAUGCAGAUCCAGUGUAAAGGAGGCCUAAAGGGGGCACUGCAGUUCAACAGCCACACACUGCAUCAGUGGCUCAAGGAUAAGAACAAGGGAGAGAUGUAUGACCAGGCCAUAGAUUUGUUCACACGGUCGUGUGCGGGCUACUGUGUAGCCACAUUUAUCCUGGGCAUAGGGGAUAGACACAAUAGCAACAUUAUGGUCAAAGAUGAUGGACAGCUGUUCCACAUAGACUUUGGCCAUUUCCUCGACCACAAAAAGAAGAAGUUUGGGUACAAGAGAGAACGUGUGCCCUUUGUGCUCACACAGGACUUCCUGAUUGUUAUUAGCAAAGGAACUCAAGAGUGCACCAAAACAAGGGAGUUUGAAAGGUUCCAGGAGAUGUGUUACAAGGCGUACCUGGCAAUCCGGCAGCAUGCCAACCUCUUCAUCAACCUCUUCUCCAUGAUGCUGGGCUCAGGGAUGCCCGAGCUGCAGUCAUUCGACGACAUUGCUUACAUCAGAAAGACCCUGGCCUUGGACAAGUCGGAGCAGGAGGCCCUGGACUACUUCAUGAAGCAGAUGAACGACGCUCACCACGGCGGCUGGACUACCAAAAUGGAUUGGAUCUUCCACACGAUCCGCCAGCAUGCCAUGAACUGAGAACUGACAACUAAAACAAGAGGAGUAAAGGACUGUGGCAACAACAGCACCCUAAGAACCAAAACAGUAGUGAGAAGCAAGCGAGGUAUUUUCCCAAACACUCUAAGACCUGGUUAAAACUUCUGCCAGCACGUGACUCUGAAACAUUAUCUGCCAGCGCACCACUAAAUAAGGGUGCUCAGAAGGGCCCGUUUCAGGGACAUAAUGCCUAAAUUCUCUGUUUCUACAGGUUUCUGAAUUUCUCCUCCCUGCAGUAUGGACUUAAGAAGGCAGGGUAGAAUUAUAUUUCAUCAGUCUUCAUAGGAACUAAAUAAGUUUAAUGGACCUCAACUAUGUUAGCCUUCUUCACGUGAACAAAUUAUGGACACAUUUUCUUAUUUUUUUUGUAUUCCUUUCAGUACGUCUACAUCCAUCAGCAUUAAGAAAGGAACACCAUGAAGUGGUAUACCAUGAGCACAGCUUACUUUUUUUUUCUAAUGAUGAACUGACAGAACAUAAUUCAAUUAUUUCUACAACCUAUUUUGAACUGAUGAAGACGGGGGAGAUAACUGCGCAUGCAGCCACCGACAAUGAGAAGCCUGGCGGUGUGCGCACAAAAUCAUAAUUCCCCCUUACAGUCAUGAAAAAACAAUCAACACUCAUACUAGAGGACUGACAGAGAACGUGUUGUCAAACACAUACCUAGCAUUUAAUUCUUUUGGAGCAACUGAAAUAAUGACUUAUUUGUAGCUGACAGAUAACGUGUCCUUUCUUUAGAGGUCACGCCAGAUAACUGACUUUUGUACAGCAGUAUAUCCAUAGACUUGUAUGCAUUCGGUGCACAUAUUCCUUUUUGAGUCUAUCUUCUACUGAGCCAAAGUACUAGAUGUGUAACCCCAUUACUCAGCAGUCUUAUUGUUAAAAAAAAAAAAAGUCACUACUAUUCCAAGUCACGUGUGUACUCAUAGCACUGAUCUCUGCAGUAUUUUGUUUUUUUGUUGUUUUGUUUUGUCUUAUCAGUAUUAUUCUGUCAGAUGUUGAGGCACAAAUGUCCGUUGUCCACCCCAUGCAGUUGACUGGCGAAGUCUUCUGAUGGUCAGCUGUAGAAUAUCAAUUGGUCUUUUGUUAUUCAGCUGAUAAAGGCAAGAAAUGCAGGGGAAAAGGAUGUGCAGUGUUCCUUUUGUGUGCUGUGCUGUUACACUAUGCAAGUUGUGAUCCUAAUAUGUACUGUAUACUACAAAAAAACAAAACAGUUGAUGUCAGAGUAAGGCAGAGAGAGAAAUGCAUCUCCCCCGACAGGCUCACACAGAGCAGUGUGUCAGUGGACUUUGUACAGACAGUACAUGGAAGAAAAAAAGUGCUGCACUGUAACAGAAUAGUCUUUUUCUUCCCAACAAAAAGAACUGAGAAACGCCUUUGGACCCUGCCUUUUGCUUCUCCUUACCAGGUUUAUUUGAGCUUCAAUCCAAGCCAUCUGUAAAAUGUUAGGAGUCUUCUUGUUCUCGAUCACACGUACAACAGAUCAUUUUAGACGCCCUCUCCUCACAUUUGCCAUAUGGUCCCAGAUCGUGACAUCCAGGUAAAGAAAAGUAACCGAAGUGAAUUUUUUUUUUUUUAAACCUUUAAAGUGUCUUCUUCCCUCCUCUUUCCUAUUAUUGUCACCCUUAUCUGUGGAAGAAUAGUCUUGGCAGGAGGUCAGCAGAUGUUCUAGCUUUACCAAAUGAUACACAACGGGGCGGUUUCCUGGACACUCAAGUCUUUCUGAAAGUCCAAUUUUUGUUUUCUGUAAAUGAGUAAGGACUUAAAAAAUGCUCAGGAAACCGAUCCUACUGAGAUGCUUCUGUACAGGCUACAGAGCGGUGGGCCGGACCCAAAUUGAAAGAACUAAACCCUAUUUACUUUAUGGAAGAACUAUCUAAGUGAUGCUAUUUCCCUUUGUACUUGUUCUGGUUGUUUUCUGUUUCUCACACUGCAUUAUGCAUGAGGUCUUUGAAUAUCUACUUUUUUUUUUGUUUGACCUGAUGUUGUUUACUUGAAUUUCAUGUAUAGAAAUGACCUUGUUACUUGUGUGAGGUACAACAAAGUCACAAUGAAGGUAACAGAUACUGAUAACUGCUACUACAUGUGCAAAUGCUUUCCUUGAAUAACUACAGAGGUAAUAUAUUUUUGUAUUUUUAAACAUAAGCAAACACAUAUAUGUAACUGCUAACCAAAAAAAAAAAAAAGGAGGAAUCAUGUAUAACAUGCACCAUCCUCAUACAAAACCCAGUAGACAGCUUCUAGUUGUUGAAACGAUAUGAAAUGACAAAGCAGAGGAGAAUUGUUGAAUGAAGGACAAGGACUUCUGCUUUUGUCAGAGUACGGUCUUUAGUUAAGUGAGGAUAUCUUGCCCUGUGUGGAAGUCUGUAAGCACAAUAAGGUGGGAGAAGCUAAGCUGCAUGUUUUAAAAAGAACCAGACUCAUAUGUUAGUUAUCUAUUCUUUUGUAUGUGUGUGUGUAUAUAUAUGUAUGUGUGUAUAUAUAUAUAUAUAUAUGUAUAUACACAUACAUCUCAUAAAACCUCUUCAAAUACUUGUUUUAGUCAUCCUCAUAUGACCAUGUCUGAUAAGAAACUGUAUGCAUUCAUUUAUUGUACUGUUGAAUAAAAACAUUUCUCCCUA